CUUUUAAACAGCAGUACAGUUGACAAAUCAAGCCAACACUAAUUCAAAACACGUUGGCUUACAACGGGUUGUAGUAUCCCAUGCAAGUGUUUUCUAUUUUGGACAAUUUUUUUAGCUUUCCAACAGUAAACAGAUUAAUGUUCGAUUCCCAUUGACCAAAAACACGGAACCAUCCCACUAUUUAUUUUGAAUCGGAGUCCUGAUUUCUGUCCCAGGUUCCAUGGAGGCAGGCGCGUCCCUCGGCCUCAAGCGACGGUAUGAGGAGGUGGACCACAGCUCAGCGUUCUCCACCCCCAAGGACUCAGACGAUGAGGUCUCCAGCAGCGACAGCGCCGACAGCUGUGACAGCCUCAAUCCCCCGUCUGGCGCACCGUUUGCACCCACCUCCAUCCUCCGACGCCAGAGGCCUUCCCCGGGGGGGAAGCGGGUGCGCUUCGACCUGGUGACGGUGUACUACUUCCCGCGGCGGCAGGGCUUCACCAGCGUCCCCAGCCAGGGGGGCAGCUCGCUGGGCAUGGCGCGCCACCACUCCUCCAGCCGCCACUACACCCUGGGGGAGUUCGCCCGCGAGCAGGAGAGCAGCCACCGCCACACGCUGCGGCAGCACCUCCGCCAGGAGAAGCUCAGCGCCCGCAAGAUGAAGCUGACGCGCAACGGCACGGUGGAGUGCUCCCAGGCCGACCUGCUGACGCUGGAGGACGUGUCGGACGAGGACCUGGACGUGGACGCCGUGGAGGUGGACGACUGCUUCUUCCUGCAGCCGCUGCCCACCAAGCGGCGCCGGGCGCUGCUGCGGGCCUCGGGCGUGGCCCGCAUCGACGCCCGCGAGAAGGCGGAGCUCCGGGCCAUCCGGUUGUCCCGUGAGGAGUGCGGCUGCGACUGCCGCCUGUACUGCGACCCGCGCCACUGUGGCUGCAGCCAGGCGGGCAUCAAGUGCCAGGUGGACCGCAUGGCGUUCCCGUGCGGCUGCUCCCGGGACGGCUGCGGCAACAUGGCGGGCCGCAUCGAGUUCAACCCGCUGCGCGUGCGCACGCACUACCUGCACACCAUCAUGAAGCUGGGCCUGGAGAAGAGGAUGGAGCAGUACCCCGCCGACGCCGACCUGCUGCUCUCCGCCGCCUCCACCGGGCCCCCGUCCCCGGAGCUGCCCUGCUCCUCCUCCUCCUCCUCCUCCUCCUCCUCCCUGUCGGCGGGGGCCUUCCAGCUGGAGGAGAGCGAGGCGGAGGCGGUGGUGGCGGUGCACGACCUGCUGGCCGAGCGCGACGUCCUGGAGCGGGAGAACGAGACGGCCGUGCUGCACCUGCAGAGCGCCGAGGAGCAGGAGCGCCGCGAGCGGGAGCGGGAGGAGGCGGAGGCGUCGGCCCCGGGGCCCGGGGGGCUGCCGGGCCCCGGGGAGGAGCCCGGUGAGGAGCAGGUGCUGCUGCAGGGCUCCUUCCCCCCGGGGCCCGCCGUGCUCUGCGUGGCCCCCGACGUCCAGGAGACGGGGCCCCCCCCGGAGGGGCCCUCCGCCUCCCUGCUGUACUACCAGCUCACCCCCGUGCAGCCGGGGGGCCCGGAGCCCCCGGGGGCGGCCCCAGGGACAGGGGAGAGGGAGGAGGAGGAGGAGGAGGUGGAGGCGGCAGGAGAGGAACAAAAACAAGGUGGAGAGGGCGGCGGCAGGGGUAGCGAGGGCGGAGGCGUGGCCUGCGGUCAGGCCGCCGGCGGGGUCGUGACCCUGGGCUCGGAGGAGGGGCCCCCCGGCCCGCUGCACAACCGCUCCCCGGGGCCGUGCCAGGCGGGGGCCCGCUCGGCCGCGCAGGGGGAGGUGGCCCCGCCUCCGUCCGAGGUGUAGCGCGCGGCCCACCUGCAGAUGUUUUGCACAAAAAUAAGCUUUUCUCUGAAGGCUGAAAAAAAUAAUGUCCACAUUUCACGCCAAGGGAGAAAAGAAUGAACUAUUGAGUAAUGUUACAGUCUUCAGGCUCGCGGUAGCGCCCGUCUUGGGUCUCAAUCAUACGGGAACUACGGCAGUCAGAGUCUAACACUACAGAGCAGAGGGGGGACAUAAUGGCCCAAUCCCAUUUCUACCCCUUCCCCCUCCCCCUUGUUUUGAAGGGCUAAGGGGAAGGGGGAAGGGGAAGGGGUAAUGGGUAGAAAUGGGAUUGGGCCAAAGUGUGAUUGCCAACCUUAGUCUUUAUAUCUAUGUUUUUCAUCCAGUGUAUCAAGCUGUGUGCACUGUGGUCUGUGUGUUUUGGGAACGCGCACCGAGGUAGGGUGGUGGUGCGCUACAUUCGGCCUCCCCUCCCCUGACGUCGCAGCAUGGCCUCGCUGUCUCUGUCCCUUCAAGUGGCCGCCGUUGGUGUCCCCCCCCCCGCCCGCCUCUCACAAUAGACCUAAUAAUCCUGGAGAUACUUGUUUAGUGUGUACUGUAUAUGCAUUUGCGACGAGCUAGUUGGAGCCACGGUAGCGGUCAGUGUGAUCUGUACGCACGAGGGCGAGGGCCACACGUGUGUGUGUGUGUGUGUGUGUGUGUGUGUGUGUGUGUGUAGGGGCCACGGUGCCGGUUAAAGCAGGAAGAGAGCAUCAGCGCUGAGGCGCCCCCCCCCCCCUCCCGCCCGCAUUUCCUCUUCUGUUUCUACCUUGGAGCCGCUCCGGCAAAUGCUAAUUAUUUAUCUGAAGCGCUGGUUUUGCUUUUCCAGCAAAGCGUCCCCCAGCUUGGGGACCUACUGCUUCUUUCAGUCAUGUGGGUUUCCGGCGGAUGAAGACAGCGAUCCGUUCGACGUGAGUCAUCACGCUUGCCUGUUUUUGUGUUUUAGUUUUUCUUAGAAUGGACAGAAUGAAACAGGAGCUGUUUCUGGCGGCAGCGUGGAGGUUUGUCACACGCCACCUCUAGUUAUUUGCGUCAUGUUGGAGAGAAGAAGACACGAAGGAUCACAGUAGUCUUCAAAUGAUUCGAACGACUGCUGGUGUCUUGUAACAACGGUUCGCGCUGAUCCAAGCCAGAUUUCAUCGAAUGAAAAUAACACUAUAGAGUCAAAUCAAACAAUAGCGUGUGCUGUUGUCAAAAAAAACAACAAGAUAUGUGAUGAACCACGACAACAAUCUUAGUAUGAUUUAUUCUGUUUUUAUGGAUGAGUGUGGGUAGAGUUGGAGCGUGUGCGUGCGUAUGUGCCUGUGCACAGGCGAGUGUGAGUGUAUACGUGUUGUAAACAUGUGUUUGUAUUUGCAGUAUAAGAGUGUUGGUCGUAAGGGGGGGAGGGGGGAGGUGAUAUUAAUGAGGAAUAUAAAUUAGGGAUAUAUUAAUAACAAUAUGUUUAUUCCCCUAAAGGUGCUGUGGUGAUAGAUUUACAACUUAGCUCUUUGUUUUGUUUUUAACAACCAUGAUAACCAAUGUGAUUUCCAGGGCGUGUACCCUGACGAGGGGCCGAGCUGUUGGGGUCUUUCAGUGCCUCUCUGAGGACCACCGUAGCGUUUGCACGGCACACCAUUUGCAAUGGUGAAUGCGGGGGAGUGUUUUGUCAUUUAAUGCGUCAAUGCGAACCCAUUUCUCUCUCUGUCUCAGUGUAUUUUUGAAGCUACAUAUACCGUUCAACAGAAGUGUGCCGACUCUUCUUACACAAAAUCAGUCCUCUGUUGUGUAGCCUUUAAUUCCAGCUGUUGCUUUCUUGUAAUGGCUUGCCUGACACAGGAUGUGGUGCUGUGUAUGAGAUGUCUGAUGUAUUUUAUUUGACUGUUUGUUUUGUUUUCUUAAUAUAUAAAUCGAUAUAUUCAUGCUAAAGAGUUGCACCAAAGCAGUGGUUUCAAACCUAACUCACCGAUGCCGCCAGCCGCCACAUGCUCAGGCGAUGUCGCACCGUUGUCGUUGUGAGACGAGACAUCUUUCCCGGUACUCUGUGUUUACUUGACAUGCCUUGAAGAUAAUACCGUCCCUGAAGAAAUCAUGAUUACAAGCUG